AUGGGUCGUAAGAAGGCUAUAGCAGAUGACCUUCUAACCGACAUCCCAGACACUGUCACCGUACAACCUUCACCGUCCCAGUCUCAGUCAAAGCCAAAGCCAAAAAGACUGAAGAAAGCUCAACCUAAGGCACUGGUAACUCAGAUCGACUCUGAGGAUACCUUGCCGAUCUCCAAAAUAUCUAAGGCAGAAAAAAGUGCCUCCGCCGUCGAAAAGAGGCCCGCCGAGGCUGCUCCCUCUGAAUCAACUCGGUCAAAGAAGCUGAGGUCAGAGUCUGUGAUAACCUCAAGGUCUAUGAAAUCAGAUGCCCUCUGGGCCCCUCAAAACACUAUUGAAGACAAGCCAGUCAGAGUCGGCGACAGCGCGACUGACCUUGAAGUCGGCGUUGCCCUUUCUACUGCCUUGCUUCUUCCAAAAGACCUCGAACGCAACGCCGAGGAGAUCCAGCACACCCACUCCUUCGCGAUGCAGGCUUUUGACAUCAAGAAAGAGUUGGUCAAGAAGACCAAGGAGGCUGCUAGUUUGCUAAGGAUUGCCAAGGCAACAAAACAGGCCCAAGACGAGGCGGAAGAGAAGGUGGGAGCUGCUGAGGCCGUCGCUAAGGUCCUCGAAGCUAAGAAGAAAGAGGCCGAAGCGAAGACUGCCGAAGCCCAGGCUGAGCUCAUUGCUACCUUGGCCACAAAGGAAGCUGAGAUCAAGGCGGCAGACGAGAAAGAAUAUGCCGAAGAGGCAGCCGACGUCCGUGAAGACUACAAGAAGCAAGUAAAGCAGGCAUGCAACAAGGGUUUCAUCCUGGGUUGGAUGGCUGCAUUAAAAGAGUUGGCUGUCUCCGAGGAUUCACCUCUCCUAGAAAAUAGCCGCAUUGUCCUGCUAUUCCCCCCGACUCCAAGCCAAUCCGAGAACGAAGCUGAGUCCGAGGAGGAGGCUGAGGCUGAUAAGUUUGAGAAGGCUGAAGAGGAGGAUGAGAUUUCAAAAGAUGCCUCCCCAGAGAAGACAACAUCUAAGGUGCCAAUCGCCGAGAAGAGCCUCGAUCAAACUCUACAAGAGAUCGAUGUUGAGCUCGAGGCUGAGAAGGUUGCCGAGAAGUCUUUCCAGCUGUCUUCUGGGGCCGAGACACAGUCUGUCGUCGACGCCGAGUAG